AUUAAUGAUUGCUUAUUCGCUAGAAGACUCAAGGAAUAUCUCGAAAAAGCAUUCCGGCCAAUAAGAAUGAAACCAUAUUGUCAUUUGUUAUGACUGCUCCGCCGCAGGAUCGACAGUGUUAGGCGGUCUAUGGAGCAACUAGAGUGCGAUUCUCGCCCUUCGGACUCGUCUCCACGAUAUAGCUUCAAAGCUAAGCUCCCCGGAUCACGAUCCGGUAGGUCUCAUGGCCGGGGUCCGCGGACGAAACUUACCGCCACAUAGGGCUUCUAUGUAGGUAUAGAAAAUGAGGGAAUCUGGGUGUGAUGGUACUGCGUGUACUGCGUUUGCUGCGUAUCUGCAAUACCGUUGCGGUUGUUAUAUCGCUGCCUGCGAUGGUGACGCGGCACCCUGACCCUACGUCAACAGCGUCCGGAAUGUUCAUUCUUUCGAUAAUCUCCGAAGUAUUUAAGGAAGCUGGUGCGACCAACAAUAUAUCAUCUCAACACGAUUAAUAUCAUCAACAAGUCAAAUUCAAACUAAAUCAAGAUGAAGCUGGUGUACCUAUCCUCCGCCGUAGCCUUUGGCUCCGUAAUCGCCGAUACGGCCCCGUGGGAAGGUCCCGGACCGAGCGACGUGCGUUCGCCUUGUCCCAUGCUUAAUACUUUAGCAAACCACGGGUUUUUACCUCACGAUGGCAAGAGUAUCACUGUAAAUAAGACGGUAGAUGCUCUAUCCUCAGCGCUGAAUAUCGCCCCGGAGCUCGGUAGCUUCUUGCACAAGUUCGCGGUGACUACGAACCCUCAGCCUAACGCGACGACCUUCGACUUGAAUCAUCUUAGCCGUCAUAAUAUAUUAGAGCACGAUGGUAGCUUGAGUCGUCAGGAUUCUUACUUUGGUCCCCCGGAUGUCUUUAACGAGGCUGUCUUUAACGAGACUAAGUCGUACUGGACCGGAGACAUAAUUACUAUACAGAUGGCAGCCAACGCGCGUGUGGCCCGUCUCAUGACUUCGAACCUUACGAACCCUGAGUACUCGCUUUCGAACUUGGGUUCAGAGUUCAGUAUCGGCGAGUCGGUUGCAUAUCUCUCCAUUCUAGGAUCUAAGGAGACCGGCACAGUCCCGAAGACUUACGUGGAGUACUUGUUCGAAAACGAACGCUUGCCUUAUGAGCUUGGUUUCUCAAAGAUGAAGGAACCCAUGACGCAAGAUGACCUGAGCAAUUUGAUGGAUAAGCUCGUCGAGGCUCAGCAUUUCCCUCAAUCACCUGGCAAGAUUUCCAAGCGUACCGAGAGGCCUUCCGAGAAGCGUGCUGAGAAGCGUUGCCCAUUCCACUAGAUGCAAUCCUAUGAUUCGUAGAGUCGGUGAAUGUUGUGGGGAUAGGCGUCGAAUGCGAUUAUCCCCGAGACUGCGAUAUUAAGCUAAACUUCUAUUCGACACAUGGCGCUUGGGAAUGAAUGCUGGCCCAAGAAUGGCAAACCUCGCUAUUGUGAUGCACAUUUAUCGGUUAUUUUACUCUAGACAGAGCACACAUGGAUUAGGCAGGGUAUAUAUGACGACUCGGAUAAUGUUUAGGAUAUAAAAGGGGACUUCAAGCAGAAGGGUACCAUAGAGCUUGUAUCUAUGAGUUGAUAGCUGGGUGUGUACAUACCAACGUAGGUACAUAUAAUUGAUUUUCCCAUUUACAUACCUACCUCCUAGGUACCUACUAUCACUCCAAUAAUCUUCCAGCAAAUACUUUGCGGA